AUGCAAGAAUUGGAGGUGGAGGCCCGAAGCUGUUACUCCGAAGUGAUCGAUAUGGAAAGCCGCAAGUUUGCGGAGAUGCUGCUGCUUGACAGCUGCUUUGUCAUCCAACUAUUCAUCCCCCGUAAAUCGAUGGUCCAGGAGCUCAAGGAUCCGUUGGACAGGAGUAUUUGGCUUGAAGUCUAUCUCCUUCAAGAUUUGCUCCCGCUCGGAAACCAGCUUCCGUAUUUCAUCUUCGAUCAUCUCCUUAGUGUCCUAAAUAUACCAGAACUAGCGGGCUUCCGCUUUCAUGAGUGUAUUCUAGGGAGAUUGGAUGAAGUCUUGCUACGAUUCUUCAAUUUAUCACCAUUAAUGGGAUCAUCACCAAUGGAACCAAAAAGAGCGGCCCGUCUACUCCACACGCUCAUAGAGAAGUUCAGCAUUACAUUGAAGAAGGAAAGCAACACGGUAUCCUCUAGUCCACAGUCCCAGCAGGUCUCAUCAUUAAAAGAACCAAAUCAAGAUUUUAAGGUGGACCAUCUUCUCCACUUGCUCCACGAGAGGAUCUUGAGAAUUCCAUGGAGGAAGAAGAGGCACACUGGAUCAUCCUCUGGUCCACAAUCCCUGCAAAAACCAUCACUGGUUGUCCCCACUGUGACAGAGCUUGUGGAGGCUGGAAUCGACAUCAAGGUGCGCCAAAUGGAUAACUUUCUAAACAUUUCAUUUGACAAAAGGAAGGGGUUGCUAGAGAUUCCAACCAUCCAGGUCGAUGACUCCACGAACCUCAUCAUCCGAAACCUCAUCGCUUUGGAGCAAUGCUGCAAGGAUGUCGGCAUGCAGAUAACCUGCUACUCUAUUUUCAUGGAUGCCAUCAUCGACACUGAAAAAGAUGUGGCGCUGCUUAGCCAGAAGGGGAUCAUUGACCGCCGGCUUGUCAAUGACAGGGACAUUGCAUUAGUCUUCCAAAGGCGUUACGUUUGA